AUGAAUCGUAUCCGAGCGGCGUUGCCGUGGAGGAAGAAAACCUACUACGGUGACUCCGACUCAACGGGUUACUGUAGUUCGUCUGAUGUCUCCAAAGCUCUCUCCGAUUCUCAAUUUAUUCUUCGUCCAAACACCGCUUUACUGAGUUCCUCUUACUCAAAUGGAACCAACUAUUAUGCGCUCACCUACACUGACAACUCUCGCCGGCCAAAAGAUAAAGGGAGUACUAUCACUUCAAGAAGUUCCACAAUCAGCUCGACCACUUUCAAAUCUCAUUCUCUGAAUACAUCUGCUGAUGGUGACGAUGAGGACGACGAAGACGAGGCCAGCACGAUUCGUGCCAAUUCUGUCAAACAAGUUCCCAUGAUGCCUAAACUCACAUCUUUGAAACAUUUGAUGACGGAGAGUUCUAGUGAAGAACUUCCACCACAACAUGAAGAAAUGGAAGAUGACGUGGCAACUCUAGAAGAGGUUUCAAUGGAAUAUGACGAUGAUGAGGACGAUGAUGUAACAUUGGAUAUUCCUCCAAGACGAGAAUAUAGGAAUUCGAGUUUUCGAUCGUUUCCAUUUUCCUAUCAAUUGAUGGAGAGUGAAAUGGAUCGACUUUUUGAUAUGAUGCAAGUCGAUGAGCAGAUUCCAAGCACGUCUCAUUCAUCAAAUUCAAAUGACUCUAGGAAGAAACGUCUUCUGAUUCGAGAACCAACUUCUACCAUCUACUAUCACGAUGUGUCAUCAUCUGAAGCUCCGCCCCCUAGACCAUUCCUCCAAAGAACUGAAAGUGUUCCUAGAUCGAUUUUAAAGAAUUCUUCAUCAUUCGCGAUUUAUGAAGAAAUCUAUGGAGACCAUUUGACACCACCGCCCAUUGAUAUCCGACCACAACUACCGGAACGUCCGAUCAUGGCAUUCCAGCAGUUUCCACCGUGUAAUACGUUCCAGCCAAGAUUGCCACAGAGAAUGCCCUCUGUCCGUCGCCGCAAGAAAAUGCCUAGUCUUCAUCACUCGACGUCGUUCGCCUCGUACUUCAGAAGGCGAAAAUGA